CACCUCUUAAUCCUCAGAACAUUCCAGGGAGUUUUACAGAAUCCCAUCUCCUGGGCCAUGAGUGAACUGAAGGACUGCCCAUUGCAAUUCCAUGAUUUCAAGUCUGUGGACCACCUGAAGGUCUGUCCCCGGUACACGGCAGUACUGGCCCGCUCCGAGGACGAUGGCAUUGGUAUUGAGGAGCUGGACACUCUGCAGCUGGAGCUUGAGACCUUGCUGUCCUCUGCAAGCAGGCGGCUGCUUGUACUGGAAGCUGAAACCCAGAUCCUUACUGACUGGCAGGAUAAGAAAGGUGACCGACGAUUCCUGAAGCUGGGUUGAGACCAUGAACUUGGUGCUCCCCCCAAACAUGGGAAGCCCAAGAAGCAGAAACUGGAAGGGAAGGCAGGGCAUGGACCAGGCCCUGGCCCAGGACGACCCAAAUCCAAAAACGUUCAGCCAAAGAUCCAGGAAUAUGAAUUCACUGAUGACCCAAUUGACGUGCCUCGGAUCCCCAAGAAUGACGCUCCCAACAGUUUCUGGGCCUCUGUGGAGCCCUACUGUGCGGAUAUCACCAGUGAGGAGGUACGAACACUAGAGGAGCUCCUGAAACCUCCUGAAGAUGAAGCCGAACAUUAUAAGGUAGAAACCCUGAGCCAUAGAACCCUGAGUUAUAGAACAGGAGGGCUCAGAGGUGCCUCGGAAUCCUAGGCAGCAAAGUCCACAUCAUCUACUUCCUUCCUUCCCAGCCUCCUGCCUGCUGCAUUACCCCUGCAGACACUGAGGUUCAGCUUUCCCUUGCUACCCCCACCUCAGCCAAGUGGUGCGUCUGUCUGUCAGUGAAGUUCAUCCUGUCCGCUUGCCUUUAUCCUAAGAGCCUCUGAACAUGCUCCUUGCUUUUAGACUUCAGCAACCGAUUUCUUUCUGUACUUAAUAUAUAAA